GAGGAAUGCAGCUCCAUGAAAAGAGAGCAGGCUGAGAAGAUGAAGCACACACUGUUAGCUGUGCUUUUCCUCAUGCAGGGUGUGAGUGCUCUGGCUGGGACAACAGCAGCAGCCGGAGGGACUGCUCAUGUCAGUACGAUGCUUCCAUAUCUGACUCAGCCUAGGAAUGUGAAUGGCAAAUCACACGCUUCCCCACAGCUCUUUGCCAAUGUGUCCGGCUCUGUGAAUGAUGAGGGAACUUGCCAGUGCUCUGUGUACCUGCCAGAUACCACCUUUCCAGUGCAGAAGGCUGAGCAACUGGAAAUUAUAGCCACAACGCUCUCGGAGAAGUUUGAGGCAGAGCUUUCUAAAGUAAGGGAGUACUCACAAAGAAUUGAACUGUAUCAGCAGCAAAUCCUCAAUCUAACCAUCAGAGUGCAGCAAGUGGAGACGGGUGGUGUAUCUUACACGGAACUGGACUUCCAGUUACUGAAGGUGGAAAUCCGCGACCUGGAGAGACUGGUCACUCAGCUGAAACCCAGCCUUGUUGGAAGCAAUGUCAUCGUUGAGCAAAUAUAUUUGGAGAUCACCAAUCUGACUAUACUGGUAAAUGAACUAGAGUCACUGGACAAAAACAAUGUCCUCGCAAUUCGUCGACAAAUUGCGUCUCUGCAGAAACGGUUGAAAGAGUGUGAAGAGAACGCAACCAAAACUACACCACCCCCUUACUUCCCACCAGGUACCUGCAUUCACCGUGGACCAAUGAAUGUUAGCCAGCCUUAUGUUGCCAAGCUGAACUGGAGAGGAUUUUCCUACAAAUACGGUUCCUGGGGUAGAGAUUACUAUCCCUCCAACCCAGAGAAGGAAGUCUAUUGGGUUGCACCACUGAACACCGAUGGGAGAUACUUAGAAUACUUCAGAAUUUAUAGUUCCUUUGAUGAUUUGCUGCUGUUUAAAUACACGUACGAAAGGAGAAUAGUAUAUGGGGAAGGAAGUGGUGCAGCCCUUUAUAAAAAUUACUUGUACUAUCAUGCUUAUGGUUCGAGAAAUAUGGUGAAGCACGAUAUAAAAACAAACAGGGAGGUUUUGAGGAAGGAGCUUCCAGGUGCUGCUAUUGGUAACCGCUUCUCUUACGCAGGCGUAGCAUGGCAGGACCUGGAUUUUGCCGUGGAUGAAAGUGGGUUAUGGGUAAUAUAUUCAACUGAAAAUAACAUGGGCAACAUUGUGAUUAGCAAGCUCAAUGAGACCACACUUGAUGUGCUAAAUACUUGGCAGACGAGACAGUACAAGCCAUCUGUUUCCAAUGCUUUCAUGCUAUGUGGCGUUCUUUACGCCACAAGGCCAUUGAACACUAAGAAAGAGGAGAUCUUCUACAUGUAUGACACAAGUACUGGCCAAGAAAGUAGAAUUAGUAUCAUUAUGGAUAAAAAGUUAGAUACAAUCCAGAGCAUUGAUUAUAGCCCCACAGAUCAGAAACUGUAUGUUUACAGUGAUAGUUACCUUGUAAGAUAUGAUGUGAUGUUUCAGCCUUAGUACCUCAGCGACACACGCAUAUGAUAAAACUGGCAGCAGCCAAUAAGAAGGAUCCAGUGGACCUUUAGACAAUGCUACUGCCAGUUCAGAGUUCACCUGGCCUGAUGUACUGUAUGUAUGUGAGGGUGUCAUACAGGUACUUACACUCUUUAAAAGGAUUGCCCACUCUGCCCACUAAUAUUGCUGGCAGCAGUUGGCACAAUGCAUUUUUUUAGGUUUUUCUGUUGUUUAUUGGUGCUCGGUGCUUUACAAUUGUCCUGUUUCUGGGGGCAGAUUCAGUGCAUAGAUUUAGUGCUUUUUGUUUGCAGAAAUAUUUGGGCACAGACUAUCUGGUGACUGAGUAGCUAAUUACCCUCUGAUUUACAUUUGUCAGAGUAACUCAGGGAAGGCACUCAGAAUGAAUUUCCACUGAUCUUCAUCAGAGUGAAAUGAGGCCUCAGAGAAAUUAAUUCAAGGAUUAAAAUAGAUUAGGAAGUAGACUUGGUUGGAAGACAACAAUCCAUUUGUUAGUUGGAAACAGUAGUAUCUGGCCCAAGACUUCAGAAGGGAGGGUAAGAAUGCACUUUGCUAUGCAAGUCCUACCACAGGAAAGGAAGAGAAGGCAUUGUGGAAGGGACAGGGCUCACUGCCCUUGACAGCAGUGAUGCAGUGGAACAGUGGCUCCCAGCCCCCACCUGUAGCUGCCUCCAAGCAGUUCAACACCCUCCCAAGCUGCCACACUACCAGGCUGCCUUAUUGGAGUGCUUGUGGAGGCAAAACUGGCAGUAUGGUUUUCAUCAAUUUUCCCUUCUGUCCUGCUCUGCUUCCUUAUUAAUUCUGUGUGUCUAAACCUGGUCCUAUGAAUUGUCUUACUACAAUCUAGCUCUAUACUCCAUUUUCUAGGCAGUGCAGUGCAAAGAACAUUGUUUUCCUUUUCUUUAUGAUCUUCUAAGUUUAUGCAAAUCCUCCCAUUGACUUUAUUGGCCACGAGUGGCUGUUGGUGUAUACAAUACAUUGGCAUAGAAUAACAGACGUGUUAUUUGAUGUGCCUCUUUUUAACAUUUUUGCCAUUCUGUAAUUAGAUUCCUGUGAGCCUUGUUAAUCUCAGCUCCAAUUUGUUCCCUGAGUAAUUCUGUCUUACAGCAAGGUAAGAGGUCUUGUGGAAAACAUGAGUCUGGUCAAACUAUUUGAAUAUAUUAUAUGGUUUUCAUUUUUUAAAAUGGGUAUUGUGUGACAGUUUCUGCAUAUGUACACUCUAACAAUGUCUUAUUUUCAUCAUGUCAGAAAGCAAGCUAAAACACUGAAUUUCAGAGCUCCAAAAUGUCAAAGAAAGCACUUCAUGUGGUUCAUUGUCUUUUAUUACAUAUACACCCGUGUCUAUGUCCUCUGAUAAUCAAAAUCAACAUGUAUGCAAAUGAUUGCUUUUGUUUUAAUAAAAAACUGUUUCAAAGAAUCUCAGCUG